AUGGACUGCCAGCACCGCAUAUUGCUUGAAACAACAUAUCAUGCACUUGAAAAUGGUAUGCAAGAUAUUUUGUCUGGCUCCAAGACGGGCGUGUACACCGGCUCUAUGGCUGAUGACUAUCAGCUUAUUAUGCUAAAGGACAUCGACAAUAUUCCCAAGCAUGCCGUGACAGGGGUAGCUCAAUGUAUGAUUGCAAAUCGUCUGAGCUGGUUCUAUAAUCUUCACGGUCCCAGCAUCAACUUGGAUUCGGCCUAUGGGCAAAGCUUCUCUUUCGACGAUCGCGCCAAUGGGUAUUCGCGUGGCGAAGGCUUCAGUGCCGUCUUAGUCAAACGCCUGAGCGACGCGCUUCGCGAUGGGGACACCAUUCGGGCCGUUGUGAGGUCGAGUGGUUCCAACCAGGAUGGGCACACCCCAGGUGCCACUCAGCCCAGCAGAGAUCUCCAAGCGAGACUCAUCGAGGAAACAUAUGAGAAAGCGGGACUGGGAAUUGAACAGACACGCUUUUUUGAGGCUCAUGGCACUGGAACGCCUCUGGGUGAUCCUAUCGAAGCUGAUGCUAUCGGUAGCAUAUUCAGAAAGGUUCGGUCCAAGGCUGACCCUUUAUACAUAGGUGCUAUCAAGUCCAACAUUGGGCAUCUGGAAGGUGGAAGUGGUCUUGCAGGGAUUAUCAAGACAAUUUUGGUUCUGGAAAAAGGACUUAUUCCGCCGAAUGCCAACUUCAAGACGGUGAACCCAAACAUCGACGCCGAGUUUCUCAACAUCAAAGUAAGUCGUAUCAAGGGAUGUCUCCUAGUGUGA